AUGUCCAACGAACCACUAAGGAAGUCCCUCCUAAUCGGCUGCAACUACACCGGCAGCGCUCAUGAACUACGAGGAUGCCACUCGGACGUGGAGAAUAUGGCAGAGUUUCUACGCUAUCGCGGCUACGCCAAGGAAAACCAAGUCAUUCUCCGUGACGACCUUGACGGACCCGCAUACCCAUCUCAUGCCAAUAUGCUACGAGCAUUGAGCUGGCUGGUCUCCACACCCAACACCAUCAACUUCCUCCACUAUUCUGGACAUGGAGGCCAGGAACCCGAUCAAAACCGUACAACGGGCUACGAUGAUACGAUCUGUCCCGUGGACUUUGAAACUGCUGGGCAGAUCAAUAGUACGACACUGCAUCAGCAUCUCGUAAGUGCCUUGGCGCCGGGAAGUUCUUUGUUCAUCGUAUUGGAUUGCUGUCAUAGCGGUUCGGCGGUGGAAUUGCCAUUCGUAUAUCGCACGGAUGACGAGGGCAAAGUCUCGGUGAUGAAUAACGUCAAAGCGGGAUUGAAUCUUGUGAUGGAAGCCGACGGCUUGUUGACUGGGGCCUAUGGUCUAAAUAGCAUGGCUGCUGCAGAGCAGCUACUGGGAGACGCGAACAACUUCUUCCAGGGGUUCAAGCAUUCGCAUCAUCAUCAUGGUCCAGAUGGGAUCGAAGCGGAUACUUCAGGGAGAGAUUGGAGUAAGGAGGGCAAAUUUGUGACCAUGUAUAGUGGAUGUAGGGACGAGGAGACCAGUGCGGAUGCGUAUAUCUCUGGGAAGAACUGCGGUGCUAUGACCUGGGCUUUCCUCGAGACCAUGAAGGGCAGUCAGAAUCCAUCCUAUAUUUCAACCUUGCAGGAUACGAGGACGAAUCUGCGAAACAGUCGAUACGCGCAGGUACCGCAGCUCUCGAUUGGUGUGCRGAUGGAUUUGAAUCAGCCUCUGAGGCUGUAA